CCCCAAUUCCCCUCUCCACAGACCAGCAAACCCCAUUCACGGUGACGCGCCGCCGCACCACGAGAGCUCAGCGCAGCCGCCCCGCCCCGCUGCAUCCAUGGCGGACGACGACGGCGCCGCACCCGAGCUCGCCCCUCCCCCUCCUCCACCUCCGCCGCCGCUCCCGUCCUACCCCGAGAUGAUCCUGGAGGCGAUCGACGCGCUGGACAACGACAACGGCUCCAACAAGACGGCGAUCUCGGGCUACCUCAAGGGCAAGUACAUACAAAAUCCACGGACGAAGUUUGUGUUUGUUUGCUUUAGUGCUAGGAUUCUAUCCAUUUCUAUUUUCUCACGAAACCCGAGCCGGUCCAAGAUAAAAUUUCCGAUCUGGUCGAAGGUGCUUAGCUGCUUCGGCUGCUGCCUUACCUGCAGCAACUGUACAACUAACGUAAGCUGUUGUGGCACGAGCACGAUAACCAACAAUUACGGAGGGCAGAAUGAUGGUUUAGCUCGCAACUUCACAAACAAAAAGGAAUCAGAAAGCCAAGCUAGCGCUAGUAAGCAAGCUGCAUUGCCUGAUUUAAUAUCCAUAUAAUAAUUAAUAUUAAUGUAAUAAUAAUUGUUGUAUUUAGCUAGAAAAGGACCGGUAAUCGUAGACAUCGUAAUGUAUUGUGAGAUGGGAUGAACUGAUCUGUAGGCAUCUGUGUUUCUAAACCUGUAAUAAUUGAGCUAGGAAGGACCAGUAAUUCGUAUGUAAUAUAUUGUGAGAUGUGAGAUGAUUUGUAUUGUGAGAUAUGAGAUGUAACGUAUUGUUACUCUUAGAGGUAGGAACUAAUGUAAUAUAAUGUAUUGUAA